AAUUUUUCAGCGUUUCAACUAUCGCCUCGAUUAUUCAAUAGAGAAUUGUAUUGAUGUUGGCCCGCACGCCGAACUCCAUUUCAAUAUCUACCAAUUUAGUGUGCCCUUGAUCGUUGGCAAAGUAAGAGUGAAGCAAAUGUAAAUGUCUUAAGUGUUACUUUACAAAAUGUAUACGAGGAAUCAAUUGGAUGCCGAAUGUAAUAAAAAGGCCCAAUAAUCCAUACUUUAUAUUUAGAGGCAUUUAACUACGCAUGUACUAAUGAUACUGAAGAAACCUUUAAAUCUAACAAUUUGUCACUUGAGUUCUGUCUAACGUCGGGACGCCGGGAAAGGGGAAUAACGUCGCUCAGGUUGAUUGCAUUUCACAUCCUGCUUUGUGGUGCAGCGGGGUAGUUGCUUGAGAGGUCCCCAGCUCUUCUCACUGUGGUCUGUAGGAAGAGGAACAGUGAUGUGACCGAAAUCGACACAGUGCCGCCGCUGUUACUGCUUGAAUACGGGCAGCAGCGAAUGCUAAACCGCCGGAUGAGGACACUGUGAAAGUCCAGUGUGGAGCGCAGAGGAGCAGGAGGCCACCGAGGCGAUGGAGCGGCUGCAAUGGGUGCAGCAUCGUUGUCGGCAGCUGCUGGAGGGAAACUCAGGGAGAGGCUGGUACUCUGCCACCGAUGGCCUGCCCAACAAAACCUCCCUGGACGCCCACAGCUCUCCACAGAGAGUCAGUGGGAAGCGGAGAACAGUGUUUGCCCGCCAUGGGCCCCACCAACAGGAGUAUGAAGCAGUCUCCAAAAGCUACCAGGGCAAUGCCAUCCGCACUACCAAGUACAGCUUGUUGACCUUCAUCCCCAUGAACCUGUUCCAGCAGUUCCACAGGGCUGCCAACCUCUACUUCCUGUUCUUGGUGUUACUGAACUGGGUGCCAGUUGUUGAAGCCUUUCAAAAGGAAAUUGCCAUGAUUCCUCUGCUGGUGGUUCUCGUUGUUAUCGCCAUCAAGGAUGCCCUGGAAGACUACAGACGCUACUUGUUCGACAAGAAGGUCAACAACAAUGUAGUGCGAGUGUUCUGUGGCAAGCAGAAAGCCUACUUUAACCAGCGCUGGAAGGAUGUGCGAGUUGGAGACUUUGUGCAUCUGUCCUGUAAUGAAAUCAUCCCAGCUGACAUGCUGCUGCUGUAUUCCUCUGACCCGCGUGGGGUUUGUUACAUUGAGACCGCCAACCUGGACGGAGAGACCAACCUGAAACAGAGACAGGUGGUUUCAGACCUCCCAUUGCAGGGAGCGGAGUUGUCCCUCGAGAGCUUCCACUGUCGUGUUGAGUGUGAGAACCCCAACAAUGACCUCGGCCGGUUCAGAGGUUACAUGGAGCACCCUGGUGGGGUUCGUGUCGGCCUCCAUAACAACAACCUCCUGUUGAGGAGCUGCACCGUCCGCAACACUGAGACUGUGGUGGGCAUGGUGGUCUACGCUGGUCAUGAGACUAAAGCCAUGCUGAACAACAGUGGGCCGAGGUACAAGCGCAGCAAGCUGGAAAAGCAUCUGAACACAGACAUCCUGUGGUGUGUGCUCCUGCUCAUCAUCAUGUGUCUGACAGCUGCUAUAGGUCACGGCCUCUGGCUGAACAACCUCAAAGACCCUCUCUUUCAGGUUGAUACGGAGACGUCUCCUGCCCUAGCUGGAUUCUACGUCUUCUGGACGAUGAUCAUUGUGCUGCAGGUGCUGAUCCCCAUUUCUUUGUACGUGUCCAUUGAGAUUGUGAAACUGGGCCAGAUCUACUUCAUCCACAAUGACUUGGCCCUGUACAACAAGCAGCUAGACUCCAGGAUUCAGUGUCGGGCCCUCAACAUCACCGAGGACCUGGGUCAGAUCCAGUACCUGUUCUCUGAUAAGACGGGAACUCUGACAGAGAACAAGAUGGUGUUCCGCCGCUGCAGUAUCUAUGGAGUGGAAUACCCUCAUGAGGAAAACGCUCGGAGGCUGGAGGUGUACGAGGCGGAGAAGAACGAGGAGGCGGGCCGCUCUGUAACUCUGAAGUCGGGCUGCAGCGGCAAAUCCCUGAGCUGUCGCUCUCUCAGCUGCCAUCGCAGCUCUGUGUCUCUGCACACACUCGCUGCUGAGUCAGAGGAGGAGGAGGAGGAGCAACUGUCCAAUCCCAUCCACCCAAGGACCAACGCCUUCUGCAGCCGUGUGGCGAAGGAGGUGGUACCAGACCCAGAGCUGGUGAGGAAGUUGAACUGGUUUUGCUCUCCGGAGCUGGCUCUGAGCGACGGCUCCUCUGGGACUCCGUCCAGCCUGGAGCUCACCUACAUCACCGACUUCUUCCUGGCUCUGGCCAUCUGUAACAGCGUGGUGGUCUCCUCGCCCAGCCAGCCCCGGCAUGUGGUGCUUGAAGCACGAACGCCUCUCAAGUCCUUGGAGGAAUUCAAGCUGAUGUUCCAGCGCUUGAGCUUCUCUCCGUUCACAGCCCUCUCCACGCUGUCCCCUCCCCAGAUGAAAGGCAGCCCUCUCAGCUUCACCCGGAGGCUGUUCGCCCGGGGGAAGACCGGCUCCUUCACACCCACUAACAGCACCACAGACGGGUCGGACCCAGGCCAAGAAAGCAACCUGGAGCCCCCCGACCUGAGGCGUAAGCUGGACUUAUCCUCCCGAGCUGAAGGAGGCCUUGCUGGACAGACGGAGCACAGGGACACAGAGGAUGAGGAUGCAAAGACAAACCCUGACGGGGCCAGGCAGGAUGCGGAGGAUCUGAUUAGAGAAGUGGACUGUGAGAGUGACACUAACGAGGAACUGCUGUACGAGGCGGAGAGUCCAGACGAGGCAGCUCUGGUCCACGCCGCCCAGGCGUACAGCUGCACCCUGCGCGGACGCUCCGCAGAGGGCCUGCUGGUAGAUCUGCCGGGAAUCGGCUCUCUGGCGGUCCAGCUACUCCACAUCCUGCCCUUUGACUCCAACAGGAAGAAGAUGUCAGUGGUGGUGCGCCACCCGCUCACGGGACGAGUGGUGGUUUACACUAAGGGAGCCGACUCUGUCAUCAUGGACCUGGCUGAGACGCCCAAAGGUGCAGAGCAGGCUCAGGAGAUCUACAGUCACAUCAGAGAACAAACCCAAAUUCAUCUAGACGGCUAUGCCAGAGAAGGCCUCCGCACACUCUGCAUCGCUAAAAAGGUUGUGGAAGAAGAGGAGUACGAGGUGUGGCUAAAGGGACAGCUGCUGGCAGAGAGCAGCAUAGAGAACAGAGAGGAGCUGCUGCUGGAGUCUGCUCAGAGACUGGAGACCAACCUCACGCUGCUGGGCACCACUGGUAUUGUGGACCGACUGCAGGAGGAGGUCCCAGAGACCAUCGAAGCUCUUCAGAGGGCCGGGAUCAAAGUCUGGAUCCUCACUGGAGACAAAAAGGAGACGGCCAUCAACAUCGCCUACGCCUGCAAACUCCUUUGUCCCAACGACCAACUGCUGACAGCCAGCUGUGGAAGCAAGGAUGUGUGUGCAGUUCUACUUGAGGAGCUCAAAGUGGAAGUGCAGCGCAGUGAAGCAAGUUUGACUGAGCCAACCGCAGCAGGGAAUCAUGGGGAAUCGUCCUCGGGCAGCGUGGCAGGCUUCGUUCUGGUUAUAGACGGACGGACGCUGGAUUGGGCCCUGCAGGAAGAGCUAAAGAGCCACUUCCUGGAGCUGAGCCAAGGGUGCAAGGCAGUCAUCUGCUGCAGGUCCACUCCGCUGCAGAAGAGCCAGGUGGUCCGGCUGGUCCGGGACCAGCUGGGCGUCAUGACCCUGGCCGUGGGUGAUGGAGCCAAUGAUGUGAGCAUGAUUCAGGUGGCUGACGUGGGCAUCGGGAUAUCUGGUCAGGAGGGCAUGCAGGCUGUGAUGUCCAGUGACUUUGCCAUCUCCAGGUUUAAACACCUCCGUAAGCUGCUGCUGGUCCACGGCCACUUGUGCUACUCUCGUCUUGCAAACAUGAUCCUCUAUUUCAUCUACAAGAAUGUGAUGUAUGUGAAUCUGCUGUUCUGGUAUCAGUUCUUCUGCGGUUUCUCUGGGAGCGUCAUGACCAACGCCUGGGUGCUCAUCCUCUUCAACCUGCUCUUCACCUCCGUUCCUCCUCUGAUCUACGGCGUGCUGGAUCAGCACAUGCCUGCAGACACUCUGAUGGAGCUGCCGGAGCUCUACCAGGCUGUGCAGAGCUCCAAGGUCUAUGUCCCCUACGUGUUCUGGAUCACAGUCCUGGAUGCGUUUUACCAAAGCCUCGUCUGCUUCUUCGUGCCUUACUUUGCAUUGGCAGGAUCCAGCGUUGGUGUGUUGUCUUUUGGCUCUCCGAUCAACGCCUCAGCUCUCCUCAUCAUCCUGCUGCACCAAGUCAUCGAGAGUCACACUCUGACGUGGAUUCACGUGCUGGUGUUGGUGCUCAGUGGCGCUUCCUACUUUGGCUUUGUGCUGCUCUUCGGUGCGUUCUGUGUGACCUGCAGCCCCCCCACCAACCCCGUGGGGGUGGAAACACUGGAGAUGUCCCAGCCUCUUUUCUACAUCAUAUGUGCUCUCACUACUGUGACGGCUCUGUUACCCAGGCUGUUGUUUCGAGCCCUGUGCAACACGUUACGCCCCGCUGCUGCUCUGACAUCAGCUCAGAUGGACAAAGUGGAUUCAGAGAGCUACUGCAAGAAAAUGCAGCGCUGGAACCUGAGCCAGUCCAAAGCCAACAGGCUGCCAGUGUGUGCGGACAACCCCCAGGUACAAUCAAAGGCUUUGUAUGGAUGAAGUUCUGCUGAAGCUCGUUGUGUUGUAUGUCAACAGCCAAUGAACUUUGGUGAGACUAAUCCUAAAGAAAAGUGGACAUGUUCUACGUAUGUUUAAUAACUUAAAAAGCAUUUAUGAGAACAGAAGCUGUGAAACACGACCAUCAUGUCAAAUAUGUACAGGCGAUAAUAUUUUUUAAAGGAGCCGUAUGUAUCAUUUGACAAGAAUAAAUCGUCAUGUCAUUAA